AUGGAUGACUAUCAUAAUUCAAGAUCGCUACCAUCAGAUGACUUGUGGUUAAAAGUAAUAAAUGAAGGUGUUGAAGAUCGUGUAGAAGUUAAUCAACGAAUGUUAAUUGAUAAAAUGUUGGCUCGUUAUUCAUCUGAUUUUGUUGUUUAUCGAGAAUUAAUUCAAAAUUCUGAUGAUGCUCAAGCUACUUCAUUUACUCUUGAAAUUACAUGUGAUCCUUAUACAGUAACACAAAAUUAUGAAUCAAUUAAUAAUGAUUCUAUAUCAAUGAAUCAAGAACAAUUAGACAAAAAUGAUCAAACUUCAUCUGAGAAUGAUUUUAAUAAUUGCAUAAUAACUGAAAUUCGUACAGUAAAUAAUGGUCAUGUAUUUAGUGAAGAUGAUUGGAAAAGAGUAAUAACUAUAGCUGAAGGAAAUACUAACGUUGAUGCUAUUGGACAAUUUGGUGUUGGUUUCUUUUCAGUUUUUUCUCAUUCUGAACGACCAAUGAUUCAAUCUGGAAAACAUUGUUUAGCAUUCGUCUGGCAAAAUGGAAAAUCCUUAACAACAUUUCGAAAAGAAUUACCAUUUGAAGAACAAUCAUCAUUAACUUCAAUCAUACUUUCUAUGAAAAAUAAAUAUAUUCUACAAACAAAAUCAAUAUUUGAAACAAACGAAAUAAUUAAUGAAGAUAUUAAAAAUAAGAAAGUACAUGUUAACCGUAAAAGACGAACCAAAUCAAAAAAAAAUAUCA